AUGUCUGAAAAUUCACAAACUUCAAACAGUAGAUAUGAGUCAAUUAGGGUUCCGAUCCUCAGGGCAUCUGAGUAUCCUGUCUGGAAAAUGAAAAUGGUUAUGUUUCUGGAGGCCACAGAUCCAGUAUACUUGGUUAAGAUUUAUGAUGGUCCACACAUGCCAACCAAGCUCUCUGUUGCAGUUGGAGAUGAACCUCAGAAGAUGAUUCCCAAAGAAAAGAAGGACUAUACUCCUGAAGACAUCUCAUCAAUCAGCAAAGAUGCAAAAGUAAAGCACUUACUGCAUAGUCCUCUGGACAAUGUUAUGUCCAACAGGGUGAUUGGAUGCAAAACUGCAAAAGAAAUAUGGGAUGCUUUGGAAAUCAGAUGUCAAGGAACCAAAGCCAUCAAGAAAAACAGAAGGACCAUACUCACUCAAGAAUAUGAACAUUUUGACUCAAAGUCUAGUGAAUCAUUGACAGAUCUAUAUGACAGAUUUGUUAAGCUGUUGAAUGACUUAUCCCUGGUGGAUAAAGAGUAUGAUCUAGAGGAUUCAAAUCUCAAAUUUUUACUAGCUCUCCCUGAAAAAUGGGAUUUGAAAGUUACCACUAUAAGAGACAAUCAUGAUCUUGAAGAGAUGUCUCUUGAUGAUAUCUUUGGAAGACUAAAAACCUAUGAACUUGAGAUGGAACAGAGGAAUAAAAGACAUGGAGGGAAACCUAAGCCUGUUGCUCUAAAAGUUCAAGGAGAAGCUGCUGUGAAGAACAAAGGGAAAACACAUGUCACAAAGACUGACACUGAGUCAUCAAACUCUGAUGAUGACUUAGACUUUGAUGUUCUCUCAGACUCUGAGGACAGUGAUACUGAGAUGAUGCAGUUGGCAGCUUUGAUGGUUAAAAGCUUCAAGAAGAUGGCUUACAAGAAUUUCAAUAAGGGAAAGAAAUAUUCAAGGAAGGACAGAAACUCUGACAAGAAAGGCUUCAAAAAGAAUGAAGUCAAGAAAGAAAAAUCUGGAAAAGCUGAUAAGUCCAAGUAUACAUGCUUCAACUUUGGUGAAAAGGGUCAUUUUGCAACUGAGUGCAAAAAAGCCAAGAAUGAAAAAGGACAAGCGUUUAUCACCAAGAAAGGAAGCUGGGCAGACUCAUCAGACUCUGAGGAAGAAGUCAACUAUGCUUUUAUGGCAAACACUGAUAACAGCUCUGAGGCUGGUGAAACUAAGGUACCUCAUUCUACUCUUGCCUUUAACACUGAAGAUAUAAAUGAGUAA